AUGGUGAAAUUGGCAAGUGCAAGAGAGAACAGAAUGUACGGGCCAAGAUUAGUAAGGAAUCGAUCAGAAUACAUGAAUGCUGGGCUUUACUUGUUUGCUACUGUUGUCUUAUUCAUGGGUUAUCUGGCCCAAUUUUCAUGGGAACCAAAAUCUGGUCUUGUUCUUCUAUUAAUUGCUUACUUUCUGAUCACACUUGUUAAUGUCCAUGAUCUGAUUGCUCACCUUGCUGGAAUUGAUUAUAGGUUUGUUUUAGUUGAGUAUGAUAUUCAGUUAGGCCUUGUUGAGUUUGCUGUCCCUCUUCUUCAAGCUUUGGGUUCCAUUUUCUCAUUCCUGCCCAUUCUUUUCCUUUUUAUUCUGGAAGAGAAAGGAAUUGGUUACAAACUAGAGAAACAUGCGUUGAAUAUGCUGAUAGCUGGACCAGUAUUAUGGCUUAUUGGUUCAAUACACAAUUCUUGUCAAAUCUAUGAAAGAGCUGAUGGACACGUUCAAAUAUUACAAGAGUGUGUCAAUAUUCCAUUUCUACUCGCAAGUUUAUUAUUUGUAGUUGCUACCAUCAUCAAUCGUCGUGAGCAAUCAACAUCGAUUUUCCAUGGUAUCAUGUUACUUGGAAGAAUAUGGGUAUGGUUGGGUAUAUUUGGAAGCUUAUUAUUGUUCCUAGGAGGAUUGAUGAAUGUAGUAAAGGUGUUCAAGAUGCAACAAAUGAAUGGACUACGUUUAGAGAAGUUGCGAGGAGGGGCUCAAGAGAGGCUGAUUCGAGCGAGAGAAGGCCAGAGACCUCUAAUCGAGCAUAACCCACCUGGGCGUAGAUUACAAGUUCCUGAGCCAAAUACAUCUACUCAAGCCACCCCUUAUAAAGAUGUUCUUGUUGGUAACACAUGAAAAUUAAAGGCA